GUAAAAUGGAGCAGCGAAAUUUACCAGACUUUAAAGAUGAGAUGAAGAUGGAAGAAGAAAGUACUUCACCGGAAUUGAUCAAGACAGAGAUUAAGCAGGAGGAAGAUAAUUUUGUUGUUAAAUCAGAAGUGUAUUCGAAUGCAGUUUUUCAGUUGGAUUGUCCCAACCAGGAAUCAGCAUUGCUUCGCCACCAGUGGGUUCAUCCCGAUGAAAAUGCUUACGUUCGCACUGAAUGUUCCUACAAUGCAGGCAAAAAAACAGCUUUAGUUUCACAUCAGCGAACUCAUACCGGUGAAAAACCGUAUAAAUGCUCCAAAUGUUCUUACAGUGCAAUCCAAAAAUCGCACCUAGUUCGCCAUCAGUGGACUCAUACCAGUGAAAAACCGUAUAAAUGCUCUGAAUGUUCCUACAGUGCAAGCCAAAAAUCAAACCUGGUUUACCAUCAGCGGACUCAUACCGGUGAAAAACCGUAUAAAUGCUCUGAAUGUUCCUACAGUGCAAUCCAAAAAUCGCACCUAGUUCGCCAUCAGCGGACUCAUACCAGUGAAAAACCGUAUAAAUGCUCUGAAUGUUCCUACAGUUCAUGCCAAAAAUCAACACUGGUUUGCCAUCAGCGGACUCAUACCGGUGAAAAACCGUAUAAAUGCUCUGAAUGUUCCUACAGUGCAAUCCAAAAAUCGCACCUAGUUCGCCAUCAGCGGACUCAUACCAGUGAAAAACCGUAUAAAUGCUCUGAAUGUUCCCACAGUUCAAGCCGAAAAUUAAACCUAGUUCGCCAUCAGUGGACUCAUACCAGUGAAAAACCGAAUAAAUGCUCUGAAUGUUCCUACAGUUCAAGCCGGAAAUCACACCUAAUUAACCAUCAGAUGACUCAUACCGGUGAAAAACCACAUAAAUGCUCUGAAUGUUCCUACAGUACUGGCUGGAAAUCAGCCCUAGUUCGCCAUCAGAUUAUUCACACCGGUGAAAAACAGUAUAAAUGCUCUGAAUGUUCCUACAGUUCAAGCCGAAAAUUACACCUAAUUAACCAUCAGAUGACUCAUACUGGUGAAAAAAAGUAUAAAUGCUCAAAAUGUUCCUUUAGUAGCGGCUGGAAAUCAGCCCUGGUUUGCCAUCAGAUGAUACAUACCGGUGAAAAACCGUUAUAUAAAUGCUCUGAAUGUUCCUACAGUUCAAGCCGAAAAUCAUACCUAGCUAACCAUCAGAUGACUCAUACCAGUGCAAAACCGUACAAAUGCUCUGAAUACUCCUACAUUUCAAACCAAAAAUCAAACCUAGUGACGCAGAUGACACACAUCGGCAAAAAACCGUAUCAGCGAAAUGAUAUAGGAAAAAACUCACAUUUUUUUCAUGAAAACGAUCAGGCUUCGAAUUACUUCCAAAACGGUAGUGUUAAAGGACCUAUUUUUGUUAAGCCUCUACCUUUCGUAAAGUCUCUAACAUUUGUUAAGCCCCUGAACCUCGCUGACACCUUUCUUUCCAGUUCCAGCUUACCUACCAGUUCCUUCUCCAGUAACCAACCAGAAUCUCACAAGUCUCACCCUGCAGCUCCUCUCACCUUAUCACCUGGUGAAUCUGUUUUUACACCUGCUCCCACUGUCCCACCUACCUACUCUACAACGCUUCCUUCCCCCUCUCAUAUUUCCGGCCAGUACAGCAACCAUGAUGGGGCGUAA